AAAAUCUGAAAACGUGUCAAAAUUGUCAACAAAGAACUCUGAUUGGAAUGUUUGGCCAAUUUGAAGGGAAAUCAUCAAAUUAACCAAGGAAAAAUGAGCAUUUCAGUGCACAGUUUAACGGAAAAUCCAACAGAAGCCUGGGCAGAGAUUUCCAAAGCACAGAGAGUGAUAAAAAUUGCCGUGAAGCCACCAAGUGGACCAACUCCGGCAAACAAGGUGCGUGUGGUCUGUAUGAGUGAUACCCACGGCUUGACGCCCUACAUUAAAUUCGACAUUCCUGACGGUGAUAUCUUCGUGCAUGCGGGAGAUUUCACUCGGUGCGGGAAUUACGAUGAAGUUGUGGAGUUCAACACCUGGCUGGGGAAGCUUCCGCACAGGCAUAAGCUCGUAGUGGCGGGGAAUCAUGAGCUGAGCUUCGAUGAGACGUUCCAGACGGUACACAGCCUCUCAUCGGAGCGUAGAAAACACACAGGGACCACACUAAUUGAUGACAUCCCUACACUGGGAAACACAAAGGAGAAUCUCGUGGAAGCCAUCCGGACGCAGAAUGUCAAGAAGCAGCUCACCAAUUGCGUCUACUUGCAGGAUGAGGAAAUUGAAUUGUAUGGUCUUAAAUUCUACGGGACACCGUGGCAACCAGAAUUCUGCAAGUGGGCCUUCAAUCUCCCUCGGGGUGAUCCCUGCCUGGCUAAAUGGAAUGCCAUCCCCACCGGCGUGGAUGUCCUCAUAAGCCAUACUCCUCCCCUUGGCCAUGGGGAUCUCUGCUGCUCCGGCGUCCGGGCAGGGUGCGUCGAACUCCUCUCGUCCGUUCAGCAGCGAAUAAAGCCACGCUACCACGUUUUUGGGCACAUCCACGAGGGCUAUGGUGUCACAUCCGAUGGGAAAAUAAUCUUCAUCAAUGCCUCAACGUGUGACAUCAACUACCUGCCCAAUAAUCCACCGGUAGUCUUCGAUAUUACCCUUCCGGCAGGCUACAAAAGGGAUUAAAAAUUAUUCCUUUCUCCUUAUUUUUUGGGGGGCUAAUUUAUGGCGCCAAAUGGGGUUUAAUGAAUCAAAAGAAAAAUCUUUUAUCUCCAGAAAACUGCUGGAAAAAUCCGAAAUUUUUCAUAAAAUUACAAAUUUCUACGCGAAAUUUGGUACAAUGGACAAGUAAAUCAUAUCAAGAACAUCACGGAAAUUAGAAAAUUAAUGCGAGAACGUUCUGAUUCUUUUUUGUAAUUAAUUUAACGAAGAACUUCUUCAAGCAGCUCUAAUUUCCAAAUUCUUAACUUUCUUGAUUUUUUUUGUGUACCAGGAACCCCAAAAACAUUAAUCAGAAGCCCCAAAAAGACCAUAAAAUCACCCAGAUAAAUUCCCCCAUGUGGCGCCCACUCAUUCUAGUCAUCCUCCUUGCCGGAACGACGUAGCCAUAGCUCAAGAAGAAAAUGCAAAAGAAAAGAAAGAAUCUCUUGGAUAGUUUUUACUCUAAAAUGGUGUCAUUUUAUUUCCACAAUAUAGACUCAAUAAUAAAAGUUCAUCUCUGCAAAUUGA